AUGCGUGGGCGCACAGGUUUGACGACGAGGUCCCAGGAUGUGUCCCCUCCAGCUCAUUCCUUGCCUUUCAAUCUCCAUGCUUUAGCCAAGACUGAGGAAGUGUUCGCAUCGUUGCCGACACCGCCAGUUGGACCUGGUACAGCUACCCUGCCACAUCCCAAUCCCACGCAUUCCUUUUGGACACAUUCGACGCCUGAUGCCAAUCCACUAGCCAAAGAGGGAAGCGACGCACCGCUACCUCCCGUUGUCGAUGUGGCGAUCAUUGGAUCCGGAAUCUCCGGUAUAGGUGUUGCUUAUCAUCUGGCUGAGCUGCUCAAGAAGGGCGAAAUUCGAAAGCCAAUAUCAAUUGCGGUGUUCGAAGCUCGGGAUUUUUGUGCUGGCGCAACUGGUCGAAAUGAUGAGUGGUCUCUUGCUCGCAAUGUGUUAUCUAAUUUAACCUACUAUACGCAGAAGUUUGGCAGGGACGAAUGCUUGAAAUCUCUACACAUCGAGCGUCAAUGUGUGGACGACAUUGUCGGCAUCGUCAAGAAGAACAAGUGGGAGGCCGACGUGGACCUCGCACAUGGAGGCAAUCUGAGAUUGCACUUCACCAAAGAAGAGGAGCAAGAAGAUAUGGUAGACUUCAGAGCUGCGAAGGAGGCUGGUAUUAAAUUAGAUGACGUGGAAUGGCUCGAUGCUGAGAAGACGAAGGAGAAAUACGGCGCUGUCUUCCCGUCGACGCUGAUAGAUGGCUACAACAUAUGGCCUCUGAAGCUCGUGACCAAGUUGUUUAACUUCGCAAAAUCUACGGCACCCUCGGCUUGGUACACUCUGUCUCUGUACACACAUACUCCCGUCACGUCCAUCGCUUCUGGUACGCUUCCAUGGAACGUUUGGGCACUCGAGACACCCAGAGGCAGUGUGAUGGCCAAGGUCGUUGUCCACUGUACGAAUGCGUAUGUGUCCCACCUGCUCCCACACAUGUCAGGACAAGACGGCGUCGUCCCCACCCGCGGGCAGGUGAUCGCCACACGCGCCUCUGUCCCGCGCUCUCAGCUCUGGAACACCAGCGGCGUCGGUAACGAAGGGUUUGAAUACUGGUUCCCUCGCCCGGAGAUGAACGACAAGGAUGGCUGCCCGCUGAUCAUCAUCGGCGGUGGGAGGGAGAACACGGGUCCGAAAUACGAGUUUUACACCACGGAUGAUAGCACGGUCAACCCGGAGGCGAGCAAGGUGUUGAGGGACUUCCUGCCUGCUGUGUAUCCAGAGCAAUUUGACAAGGGCACGGCGCCGGAAAUGGAGUGGACUGGGAUUAUGGGUUAUACCAAGACUUACGAGCCGAUUGUGCGUUUCCUUGAUGCUGCUGGUCAAGUUGUGCCUGGCCAGUACAUGAGUGUAGGCUUCAGUGGUCAUGGCAUGACCCGUGCUUUCAGAUGUGCCGAGGCGAUCGCGUCCAUGGUGCAUGACGAACUCUCUGGGAAGCUGGUAAAUAUACCGGAGUGGUUACCGAAGCACUAUCUGAGAGGAUGGAAGAUACCCCAGCCACGAUCGUCUGAUGAAUCGGGGGUAGACGCGGGAAAGCUCUAG